CACCCAAUCUGCAGUAGGCAGUAAAGUAGAAAAAAAUAGUGUGAGAUCUUUCUUAAUUUGAGAUGGAUCCAGUAAUCAGCUUUGGUGAUGUGCGACCAGUGGUAAAAAUCUUGGAGAAGGAUCCGAUAAUUUUUGAGGAUAUUGUUAGGGUCAUGGGUUUCCUAGAAAUACCUUUUCCUGACCAAAACUCAUUGAGAAAUCGCUUCACGAUGGGAAUGGAUACCGGCUAUACCUUGCUAAGUCACAUUUUAAAAAAAUGGAUCAGUAGGAACGGGAACAAUGCCACAUUUCUAAAAUUAACGGAAAUUCUCGAGGAAAACAUGUUCCUGGCUUGUGCAGACGAGUUAAAGCAUGAAUUUGGUUCUCGAAUGGCACCACCGCCUGACCAGCUAGAUAAUUUCAUCCUACCUGUUGCGUUGCCAUCACAAAGGCCGCCGAUCUACUUGUCAUCAAACUCGGGCGCCCAGUCUAAAAAAACUGAGCACCUGGAACGUCUCCGUAAAUGGAAAUCAUACCAAGUACUCUCCUUCCUCGGGGCGGGUUCUUUCGGAUUUGUGUUCAAAAUCCGCAAAACCGGAACUUCAGAAGAAACAGCGGUUAAAAUCGUGCUGGACGAAUUUCACCAUGUCGACACUGCUAUGGGGUCUGACGAUAUUGAAGCGACAAAUACCGAACUCAAGGUCAUGACGGAGCUAACCAGGCACGAAAACGUGGUCCGGCUAGUAAGUUAUGAUGUCCUCUUGCCACUAGAUGACGCCUCAAUCUCAGGUGUUUUUCAAACUUAUGGUGACGCGGUAAACAUAACAAAUUUAAAAGACGCAAAGUUGGUCGGAUUAUAUAAUUCGUGCAAUAAUCUGUCCAACACGAAAAACACCUUCGUCCUAGAAAUGGAGCUAUGUGGCCCCACACUACGAGAAUGGCUUAGUUUGGAGGAAACCUGGAAAAAAUAUAAGGACCCGAGUUCGAAUCCUGCCUUUCUUGAGGAGCAGAUGAACAUAGCACAAGGAAUUAUUGCUGGAUUAAAACACAUUCAUCAAAAGGACAUGAUACACCGGGACCUUAAACCAGAAAACAUUUACUUUGCUCGUGAUGGAUUUGUGCUUCCAGUAAAAAUCGGGGAUUUUGGGCUCACCCGUCAGAUGUCGGGUAAUGCCAGCGUCACCCAAACUAAGCCGAGAGGAACUGAAAUUUACCGAGCUCCGGAAGUAUAUUCGGGAAAAUAUGGUCAGAAAGCGGAUUUGUUUUCUUUGGGUAUCGUCCUAUGGGAAAUUUUUGAGAUCGUGCCAAUGAACUUUGAUGCUCUGAGGUACAGAGUCGAGCAAUUAUCUAUCGAUCAGGACUUCAGUGUUGUUAAAGGAAACGACAAAAUUCCUAAUUUAAAGGAUACAAUUAUUGGCCUUACAAAUCGAAAGUUGGAAGAAAGAACGCAGAGUAUUCACGAUGUGAAAUUGUAUUUUAUAGAUCAAUCAUAUGGGAGCGAGAGUGAUUCUGUGACAAGCUUGUUACGUUAGUAAUCACUUCUAAUAAUAUCAUCGUAGUUUAACUUUACCCAAAAUUUUAUUCCCGCUUUCGUAUCCCUUCCAUACUAAUAGUAUGGUAAGGAUACCAGUACGGGAUGGGUGAAUUAAACUUCACAAAUAUUAGAAAUUGAUAGAUAUGGAAGAAUAACUCGGCCGUAACAAGUGGCUCGAAUAUUUGGUCCAAAUUUUAAAAUAAUUACAGUAGGUCGAGAAGUAAAUAUUAAAAUAUUUCUCUAUUUAAAAGGAUAAAUUUAAAUAGGUGAUAUAAUUCAAUGUUAUGAAUAGUUUUAGUUUAAUUCUUCUAACUUACGUAAACGAAAUUAAUUGAGAAUACAUAUCCAGGCCGUAAAACAUAUUAUUAUGUAUAUGCAUAAGUCGUAUCCUGUUUUCAAACUAUUUAAAGCCGUGACCUGGGUUUGAUUAGUUCUUGCAAUCGGUUCCCUAGAAAAAUGUGAUUCUGCACACUAGCUGCAAGAAAUACUAGCAGAAUGUUUAAAAGCCACUGCUUCCGACGGUUUAAAAGAUAUGUUUUAUUAAGUAUUUACAGUGCCCGUGCGACCACAAAAAUUUACCCGGGCAAAACAUAUUUGAGCGCCCCUAAUUUCGCCUUCUUAUUUCUAUUUCUACAUAAAUGAUUUUUUCGAGGUGUAAAAAAAGGCCAUAAUAAUAUCCUCGACUUGUUUAGAAAUUAGUUAUUCGAUAUUUUAAUGAUAAAAUCUAGAAAGAAAUUAAUAGGCUCCAAAUAUGGGUCUUUCGCAUUUAAAAUUCUGUGCUCCACGCCGCCGAUUUUACGUCGGCGUCCGGAUUUGACGCGCCGACGCCGCAAAACAGCCAGCGCGCUGCCGAGAAAAAAGAUCUAUGUAUCAUACAUCUAAAACAAGUUAAAACGAGCAAAAAUGUCCAGAUUUUGGUUUUAACGGUUUCAUUUGUGAUUGACAUUGAGAGAAUAUUUUGUCCCUAAAUAUUUUACGCAUUCUUAAUCAGAGAUAAUUUCGAACAGUUCAAAUUUUGACGCCAUUUAAAGAAUCGAUAAUGUACAUAUUUAAAAUAUAUUUUGGGUAGAUACAAAUUGAGUACAUACUAAAAUACUUGACUUAUCGAAAUUACUGUUGCUGUUUUUUUAGAACCUUACAUUGUGCCUGCGGUUUCUUAAAACUAUCAAUUAGAUAAAUUUCAAAAAUUUUAUUUUAUGAAAAAUUAAGCAAACUUUUAAUUUUUUCAAGUUCCGUGAAGAAUCGAGUUACAUACAAGGCUAUUAAGGCCGAUGGGUUUAGUCGAGAAAUAUUUUUAAAAUUCUAGAAAACUCGAAUUAUCUAAUACCAAUUCAAAAAAUGUUUUCCUUGAACCAAAAUUAGUACGCGAAAUAUAUGACUGUCUGAGAGAAACUGAGAGAAAGCUGAAUAAAGAGGUCAGAUAUGAUCACUGACUGAAAAUUAGAGGCAAAAUAUCGGCACGCCGCCGCCGAGCCUCCAAACGGCCCGCAGCCGCCGCCGCCGAUUUUGCAACGGCGUGGAGCUGUUCUGAUUUACUUGAAACCAAUUUUAUUUUUUUUUGCCAAAAAAAAUAAAGGCACCCAUAAUUUUUUCCAGAAUGCUAUAAUUCGAGCCCGAUACUUGUAUUUUAUUUUUUUUACAGCCAAAACCUUUGAUUUCUUAAAUUCUAAACAAAACGUUAAAAUUCGAAAAAUUCGAAUACAUAUUCAUUAGCAGGACUUACUUGGGUUAUAAAAAUUCAUCCUCAAUAUUAAAUGCAAUUUAAAUUUGGCCAGAACUUGCUAUCAGGAAUUUAAGAAAGUAACAAAAAAUCUUCAAGUUAAAAUGACUCCAAAAUUGAAUUUGAAUAAAUCAACAAUAAUAUUUCUUCUGAAAAAACAUGUUUUUCAAUUUUGUAAGUCGCUGUCAACUUCGAAAAGUUGAAGAUUUUUGAAAACCAGAGGUUAUGACUGGAAAAAGGUUUAAAAUUCGCGCCUCGACAAAAUAUCUGUGCAAUUAGCCUCAUGUUAACCUGAAUUUUACAUGCUAAAUAGUCAUUGUAAAUGAGAAAAAUAAUUUUAAUUUUGGUACCCGUGAUUUUGUACAAAUGGGUUCGUUUUUGUGUAGCAAAUAUUACUUUUAAAGCCAAAGGUGGCGUUCGAAGAAACGGUGAUUUUCUAGAAAACACAUACAUACAUAUAAGGGCUUUUCCGGGGAUUUUUGAGGGUUCUUGAACAAAUGUAAUUUAUUCAAACAUCCAAUUUAUUCAAGAUUGGAUUUAUGUACAUGCCGGUGCUAUUAGAAAUUAAAUUCACCUGUGAAAAUCCUCGAAAUUCCACGCUGAGUCAGAUAACUUGACUAGUAUUGAUUAAUAGUGAGGUUUUCAGGGAUUAGAUUACAACAACCACAAAAAGUUGAGCCCAUAAAAACCAGAAGUGGCAGACCCUCCUCAAAGACAAUUGAAAAAUACCACUCAUCGCUGUUGAAUAUUCAAAAGAUAAACUUAACUUUAAUCAGUUUCAUUGUAAUUUAUUCGCUACAAUUAUGCCAAUAAAUUACUUAACAUAUCAUUUAAUCUUUGGCGCCCUCCAGCGCCCCUCGGCGCCUCGGCGCCCCGGGCAAGUGCCCGGCUUGCCGGCCCCUCUCACGGGCCCUGAGUAUUUACAUAUAUCUGGGUAAUAUAUUUAUGUAUAUGUACGUAGCAUUAAAUACCAAUAAUUCUUAAUGAUGCCUACAAUAUUUCACAAAAUUAAAAAAAGCCUUAUAUCCAAUUUAGUUCUUCCCUUUUUGUGAAUAAAUUUCUUAUUUCACCCUCCUGAA